AUGUCGAGAAUGGAAGUAAUCAUACCUUCAUCACCAGGCAGAGGGAUGGCAGGAUUCGACUUCAACGACGCCAGGCCGCUGCCUUUCCUGAGCGCGCCGGCUUCCCCGCGCCGGUUCGGCGACCUCACCCUCAGCGCCCCGACGAGCCCGGGCCGGGUGGCGGAUUUCUACCGGAGCUUCGAGAACUUCUCCGAGUACGACGGCGGCGGCGUCCCUUUCCACUGGGAAGAGAAACCAGGGACGCCGAAAUCGCCCCCCAAGAAGCUGCCUUCCUUCAAGGACGAGGAUUUCGCCUUCGAUUUCAGCGCCGAUCUGGAGGAGUCCUCUCUUACUGCUGCCGACGAGCUGUUCGACGGUGGCAAGAUCCGGCCUUUGAAGCUCCCGCCGAGGUUGCUGCAGGUGGAGGAGAUCAAAAGCCCGCUGAUUCAUUCCCCCAGGUCCCCCAGGUCGCCUAUUGAGCAAGGGAAGCGGAUCAUAAAGGGCGCCUUCGCCUUCUCCCCCAGGAGGAAGAAAGCUGCUGCUGCUGCUGCUCCAAUGGAGUUUGUUGAUUCGAGUAAUGAAAGGGGGAGAGGGAGAAAUCUUACCUCGAGUUCGAGCCGGAGAGGGGCCGCGAGAUCCUUGUCCCCUUACAGGGUUUCGCAGUAUCCAUGGGAGGAAGAGGAGCGGCAAUUCCAACAGCUACAGCAACAAAAACAGCCAGAGCCAGAGCACAAUCUGCAGCAAACUGCGGCUGUUUCUUCUUCUGCUGUUGCUGCAACUGGAAAGAGUUCGUCGAGGAAGUGGAGACUGCGCGACCUGCUGCUGUUCAGAAGCGCGUCGGAAGGGCGUGCUGCGGAUAGAGAUCCUUACAGAAAGCAUGCGGUUUUCGGUGGGUUGUUCAGGAGGCACGACGAUGUGAAGAGCUGCAGCAUCAGGUCGACGGACAGCAACGGUUCGAAUGGUGGGUCGUUGAGGAGGAAAGGACCAGUUUCGGCUCAUGAGCUGCAUUACACCAAGAACAAAGCAGCGUCGGAGGACAUGAGGAAGAGGACUUUCUUGCCUUACAAACAGGGGAUUCUCGGGAUGAGAUUGUCCUUCAGUACUCCUUCCCCUGCUCGAUAA